AGCCAGCCCAGGUUUUUCUUCCCUCGCUCGCUUCGGCCUUCUCUGCUGUUUUUUCUCUUCUUCCUCCUUGUUCGCUUCUCUUCUGAUUCUCCCACACUCUGUUCUCUUCUUUCGCGUGUUCUAUUCAGCGCAAAUCAUCCGCGACAAUGGUUGAGAAAGUUCUCGACGACAUCUCCCACCGCAGAUACAACCCUCUGCGCGGGUCUUCUAUCUUGGUCUCGCCUCACCGGACCAAGCGUCCCUGGCAGGGUCAGCAGGAGAGCCCGUCUAAGACCACGUUGCCCUCGUAUGAUCCUGCCUGCUAUCUCUGCCCGGGCAACAAGCGCGCUCAGGGUGAUUCCAACCCCAAGUAUGACAAGACGUUUGUCUUCGUGAACGAUUACAGCGCAGUCAAAGAGGAGCAGGCUCCGUAUACUCCGGAAAGCACCGAAGAAGCGGAGUCCUUCUUCCUCAAGGCGGAGCCGGUCACCGGAAAAUGCUACGUGCUCACCUUCUCGGCGGCGCACAACCUGACCCUGGCGGACCUGUCGCCCGCGGAGAUCGUGCCCGUCAUCGACGCCUGGACCCAGCUGUACACGGCGCACCUGUCGCCCAAGUCCCCGCUGGCGGCGGUGGCGCCGGCGACCACGCUGCCGCCCGACGCGCCGACGGCCAGCCCGGCGGCGGCCAAGGAGCAGUACCGGUACAUGCAGAUCUUCGAGAACAAGGGCGCGGCGAUGGGGUGCUCGAACCCGCACCCGCACGGGCAGGUGUGGACGACCAGCUCGCUGCCCGAGGAGCCCGCCAUGGAGCUGGAGCAGCUGCAGAAGUACCGCCGCGAGCACGGCGGCAAGCACAUGCUGGAGGACUACGCCGCGCUGGAGAGCCGCAAGCAGGAGCGCGUGGUGUUCGAGAACGCCAGCUUCCUCGUCGUGUGCCCCUGGUGGGCCGUCUGGCCCUUCGAGACGAUGGUCGUCAGCAAGACGCACAAGCGCGCCCUGGUCGAUUUGAACGAGGCCGAGAAGGCCCACCUGGCCGAGGCCAUCGCCGAGGUCACCCGCCGCUACGACAACCUGUUCGAGACGCACUUCCCCUACAGCAUGGGCAUUCACCAGGCGCCGCUGGAGGGCACCGAGGAGGAGGUCGAGGCCUCGUACCUCCACCUGCACUUCUAUCCUCCGUUGCUGCGCAGCGCGACCGUCCGCAAGUUCUUGGUGGGAUACGAGAUGUUGGGCGAGCCUCAGCGUGAUAUCACCCCGGAGCAGGCGGCUGCUAGACUCCGUGGCUGCGGAGGAGAACUGUACCGCAAGAAGAUGGAUGCCUAGGUUGUAGAUAUAGGGUUCUAACGAUAGUGCACAUACAUUCGAUAAUAGCUGUACAUUCUGUGUUGCUUACCCUCGAGCUUCUACCUUUUUUUCGUUUAUUGUCUUCUGCCUUAAUUUUACUGAUUUCGAGUAGAGAAAUC